CUAGACACGACCCAGUGAGCGUGUCUUCAUCCCACACACGCGCAACAUGGACACCAUGGCACGCACGCGCAAGGCUAAACUGUUAGCCAACCCACAAGCAAAGCAGUUACAAGUCAACUGCCAAAAAAACCGGGACUGUAAACACUCUCAUUAGGCCCUGCAUGUUUCUGUGAUCCUGACAUCUCUCAUCAAUGGCUGCCUCUGGCUCCUCCACCACAGUGCCUGUAGAAUUUCACUAUGAGACCAAGUAUGUCAUCCUCAGCUACCUCAGCCUGCUUCCUCCAAGAUCAAGACCCUCAGAGGCUGCUGUCACAGAGGGAGAGAGCCACUCCUCACAGGAAAUGGAGAGAGAGAGGAAAAGCAGCCUGAAGAAACAGAUUGAGAAUGAGAUGAAGCAGCUGGAAGAGGAAAUUGCAGCUUCCUUUUCCAGGACUGGUUUUGAUAGUCACACAUCCCCAGUGUUCAGUCCAGCUAAUCCAGAGAGCUCCAUAGAGGACAGUCUGACAAUGCUUGGGGACUGUGUCUCCCGGGACCUGGACACACACCUGUCCACCGCGACUCAAACACUUCUUAGAAGUGAUUUGAACUUUGAGCAUUUCAUAGCAGUGGUAGAAGAGGUGUCCUCUCAUGCUCAAGGUUGGAGCAAGGUGUUGGUACCAUUAGUAUUGUUACAGGCCCUGCAGUCUGAGGGACAUCCACUGGAAACUUUGCUAGAUUAUGGUCUGCGUUACCUUGAAGAAUCGCAAGCAGACUUUAUCAUUCAGCAGGGAGGAUGGGGUACUGUGUACAGCCUUGAUGAAACUGAGGACCCUGGAGUGAUCAUAGCUGAAGACAGUAACGACAUAUACAUCCUGUCAGGUGAACAGGCCUCAGAUCAGCUAAGCUCUCCUGCAUCACUACUGACUGUAGGAGAUAGUAGUGGGCCAGCUUCCUGGCAGACAGAGAGUCUUCCUGUGUCUCUGACAGGUCACGAGUCCUGGGCCCAGAUUGGCAUGAUGGACCCAGAAGACAUCAAGAGUCUGGACAGUGCUGAGGGAGUGGCAUUAGCCGAGGAGCAAAGCGAAAACAACUCUUCCAACUCCGACAUUGUCCAUGUGGAACGUGAAGAUGCAGAACUCCUUGAGGAGUGUGGGGAAACGGUAGAGGAAGGGGAGUUGCAGAGUAGUGUUCUCAGUAUGUUGGGUAGUGAGAGUGAACUUGCUGCUGUCAGAGAAGAAGCACCACCAGAGCAAUUUCCACCAGCACAUGAGCCAGUUGUUCCUGUAGAGGAACCGAUGGUCAUCACAGAGACUCCUCUUAAAGUAAGUGAUGCUCCACCUCCAGCCUCAGUUGAGCAAGAGCAAGUAGUCUCCCAUCCUGUUGCUGCAGUCAACCCUGUGCCUGAACUUCAAUCCCAGCCAGCUCAGCCAGAGACUGUUCCAGCUCCUGUGGAGCCACCGUCAACAUGCCCAGUAACAGAGCAUCUUCCUGUCAUGGCCCCACUACCUGAUCCAGAACCAGUCCAAGCAACCGUAGAGCAGGAGAUAUUUCCAGAGGUUGAGCCAAAGCCCACCUUGCUUACCCAAGACCUCCCUGUCUCAACAGCUACUAUGGCCCCAGUGCAGAUACAGUCUGUGCCACAGACGGAGUCCUCUGACCUCCCUGUGCUGCUAUAUGGUGGAGCAGCCCUGGUGGCCAUUGCUGCUGUUGUGGCAUUUGGAGCAUUGGCCUACAGGAAGAAGUAAAAUGUAGUUUAACGGUCCAUGCCCUCAGUAUAUUUUGCCCUAAUGGAAGCCUGGGCCACUGUGCUGCCAAAAGCUGCACUUUAUGGGAAUAGUACUAUCCUACCAUCAUACCAUUUUGUCUUCAGUUCUCAUGGCUUUUAUUUUUGUAAUAUUUAAAUUUUGUUGCAUUAGCGUCUUAGUCCUUUUAAACCAGCUUAAGGAUAGUUCACCCAACAACAACAAAAUUAUCUCAUUUACUUAACCUCAUUUUUUUUUAAAGUAUUAUUUUUUAGAAGAAUAUUUCAGCUCUGUAGGUCCAUACAAUGCAGUGGUUUAAUCAAUGUCUUUAUAAGUAAUCCAGUUGGAUUUGUGUUAGAACAGACCAAAAUAGAACUGUACAUCUUGCCAUUGAAGUCUCUAGGCACGAUCAUGAUUUCUAGCUCUAUGACACAUCCUAGUGCUUGACACAUGUGCAAAGUGCAAGAUGGUGCUAUAGGAAGUGUAAUCGAGCUUGAAAUCAUGAUCACCAAGGAUACUGCUGUCAAGAUGUACAGUGAAAACGGAGUUACAUUUUGGUCUGUUCUCGCCCAAAACAAACUGGAUCACUUUAGAGGGCAUUGAUUUAACCACAGGAGUUUGAUGGAUUAUGUUUAUGCUGACUGGAUCUGCUUUUUGGAUCUUCUAAGGCCUGGCUACCAAUCAUUGCAUUGAAUGGACCUACAGAUCUGAGAUAUUAUUCUAAGAAUCUUUGUGUUCUGCAGAAGAGAAAAAAGUCACACAUCUUAGGGUGAGUAAAUGAUGAGAGUAUUUUUGGGUGAAUUUACCUUUUAAUGACUUGAUGGGAACUACAGGUGCAAAUGCAUCUGUUUUAGGUGAAUUCAGGUUUAUUUUGGGGUAUCAUGUUGCUGUUGUGCUGUAUUUGUGAACAUAGUAGUUAACUGGCUGUGACCUAGGUUUUGGUCAGUAGGCUAAAUGCCACUAAACUAUGUUUUUCUGUGUACGUGAAGUAAAUUUCUUCAUUAACACAGUAUGCACACAUUGUCCGUGUGCAACCUAUUAUUUCUAGAUAUGCAAACAGUACACGUCUUUGCACCUCAUCACCGCUGACUGUUAAAGAGUUUCAAAAAGCAGUCGUAGUGCCCAUACAGUGAACACUUUGCUAUGGGCUUGCGGGUAAAUGUAUGCGUUGAAAGACUGAGCACUUGCCAGUGAGCGAGAUGGAAUGAUUCUGUUUUGAAUUCCCCCUUUUAAAGACUAAAAUUAGAAACCUAGGUCACAGCCUUAAAUUGAAAACCCCUUCACUUUAUCCAUAAUGUUUGGGGGUAUCUAAAGGAAUUGCUAAUACAUCAAAUCAUCAUACUGUGAACUUAUUUAGGGUACAGAAAUAUAGCAAUAUAUAAUUAGAGAUAUUUGUUAGCACUCUUCAGGGUGUGAAAAUACAACACCAGCACAGCCUAUAUUGCCAUGGCACAAUGCACACUUGACUGAAAUUAUCUCACAAAAAGUAUGAUUUGCUAGACAAGGGAAAGUCAUAUUUAGUUUUCUAAUCUGAUAUAUUUUGUAUCAAAUAUCCCUGAAUCUGUGUCAGAAGUUGGUUCAAUAAAUACCUGUGAAUACUGAAAUGAGAAUAUGAUAAAACAGUAGGCAGGGCUUUUAAUCUUAAACCAUGUUUCAGAAACCUCAAGAUUAAUUUUAUAAUUCAAUAGUAAAAAGAUAUUUGUUGUGCAGGCUAACACUCCCUGUUUGCUGCGAAUAGCAUAUGCUGACUACAGGUUUUUGGACCAGAAUGUCUCUUAAAUGUCUUCUGAACCAUAUAGGUCAGUCUUGUUCUUUUCAUUAAUUUGGGAUCCUUAUCAUCAGUUCUUUACCGUUAUGUCUCAUAACACAUUGCACACAAAGUAUUGUCUCUCUUCAGCUUCCAAGACUACCUGAUUCACACCUUGCCUAUACCUUGUGCUGUUGUUUGUGCUUAUGAUCUAAAGGCCUGCACAGCGUAGCCUUGUCACUACCUUCCCCUGUUGUGUGCCUAUCCAAAAGAGACCCUGGUCAAAACUAGCAGAAAUUACUUCUACAGGUAGGAUCCACCUGAUGUGUCUGUGGUUGGGAACCUCACCUCAGAUCAUUUUUUUUCUUUUUUUGUACCAUUGACAAAAGCUGUGAAAUAAAACCUUAUUCCCUUAAAGGGCAAACCUGA